AUGGCCGACAUCAACGCCGUCGCACAGCAGUUUACGCAGUACUACUACUCGACCUUUGACACGUCGAGGGGUAACCUCGGUAACCUCUACCGGGACCACUCGAUGCUCACGUUCGAGGGAAGCCAGGUCAUGGGCGCCCAGGCCAUCGUCGAGAAGCUCCAGAACCUGCCCUUCCAGAAGGUCAAGCACGAAGUCGGUUCCCUCGACGCCCAGCCGACGGGAACGGGCGGAAGCCUGCUGGUCCUCGUCACUGGCGCGCUCCUCGUCGACGAGGAGGCCAACCCGCUCAAGUUCUCCCAGGCCUUCACCCUCAACGCCGACAACGGAUCGUUCUACGUCUACAACGACGUCUUCCGCCUCGUUUUCGGUUAA